AUGGCGCUCGACGAAACAUCUGUGUUGUGGAAGGCGGGCUUCUGCUGUAAACUUUACUGGAAAAUUAUAUUCGCCCUCGUUUGGCCCUUGAUACUCUUACCGUUCGUCAUUGUGGACAAUUUUUCAAAGGAAUCGAAAUGCGGCUACGUGGUGUUGAUAAUGGCCGGUUACUGGGUGACGGAGUGCCUACCGCUGGGCGUGACGGCCCUCCUGCCUCUGGUGCUGUUCCCGUGCCUGGGCGUCCUCAGCAGCGACGACACCUGCGCGUGUUACGCCAACGACGUGAUCAUGGUGUUCCUGGGCGGUCUGAUCCUCGCCAUCGCCAUCGAGCACAGCAACCUCCACAUGCGCAUUGCCCUCAAGGUCAUAAGGAUCGUCGGGUGCAGCCACAAACGCCUGCUCGGGGGCCUACUCGUGGUCACCACUUUCCUGUCCAUGUGGAUCACCAACACCGCCGCCACUGCCAUGAUGGUGCCCAUCAUAUUUGCCGUCCUGGGCGAACUCGAGAGGGAAGGACUUGGAAAGGUGUUUGUCGACACCCAGAACCCCGAGAGCGGAAGCAGUGAGGUGCGUCCAACAAAGGUGACGACGGCUUACCUCAUGGGAGCGGCGUACGCGGCCAGUUUCGGGGGCACGGCCACGCUCGUCGGUACGGGCACGAACCUCGUCUUCAAGGGUAUUUUCGAGAAAACGUUCGCGUGCGGUCCGAAAAUCGGCUUCGGCCAGUGGAUGCUGUACGGGGUGCCCCUGGCUUACACGAACGCCCUCAUGACUUGGGUGUACGUGCUCGUGUUGUACUUUGGCAUGUUUCGGCCCAACAGCCGGGACGCCCAGGACGCGGCGAUCGGCACCGAAGGCGAGAUCGUCGCCAACAGGAUAAUAAAGGAGAGGUACGACAAUCUCGGGAAAAUGACGAGUCACGAGCUGGGCGUGGCGGCUAUGUUUGUGUCCGCGGUGUUUUUGUGGCUCGCGCGCGACCCUGGGUUCAUGCCAGGCUGGGCCGAACUCGUAUCUGGAGUCGAGAUCCUGGACUCGGCGCCCAUCAUAUUCGUGGCCCUCCUCAUGUUUUUCAUACCCAAGGAUCUCAAUUUCCUCAACAUGUGGAGUAACGAUGAGAGCAAGAGGCCUAAAUCCUCUUCUGAGGGUCUGAUCACUUGGAAAGUCAUUCAGGCUAAAAUGCCGUGGAGUUUGAUGUUUCUGUUGGGAGGUGGUUUUGCCAUGUCAAAGGCCAUCACCAAAUCCGGGUUGGCGCUCAAAGUUGGCAACGCCAUGACUCCGUUGGAGAACCUGCCCCCUUGGCUCAUUCUGGUUUUCGUUAAUGUCAUUGUCGGCACAAUCACGGAAAUCAUGUCCAACGUUGGAAUGGCCAAUAUUAUGCUGCCUAUUUUAGCUUCAAUGAGCGUUUCUGUAAAAAUAAACCCGUUGUUUAUUAUGGUUCCGGCGACGAUGAUGUGCUCGCAUACGUUUCGGUUUCCUGCGGGAACGCCACCAAAUGCCAUUAUCACCGUGACUGGUCACGUGCCGGUGAAAAGACUCAUUCUCGGUGGCUGUGGUCCUUCGAUUUACAGUCUCCUGCUCGUGAGCCUUUCUUUUCCCUUUUUGGGUGCCUAUGUCUUUGAAAUACAUGAAUUUCCAAGUUGGGCCGUCAUUUCUGACAAUGGAACAAUACUUGACUGUAAUAAUCAGUGA